AUGGCGACUGAACGCUCUUUAGGUGCUCUUCUGAGAUCGCUUCAAUUCUCAUCUGACCUUCAGGAUGUCUUCACUUUGCUUCCCACGGCGACCAGCCUUUUGACCGUCCUUGGAAACCCUUUGAAUAUUACUCUGCUCGCGUCACAGCUGCUAGCAACUCCAGCCAUUUGGGACCGUCCUGUCGAUCUUCUCACGUGUCGCAAGAUCCUCAGCAUAUUCAACACAGCCGCCAUCGCGAUAGUACAAAGCGAAGCUUCAGACGAUUCGAGGACGCCCUACACAAAGGCCAGAAAGAUCGAACGCGAGGACUGGGUCAAAGCUGUCAUCAAUGGAGCGGAUGACAAGUCGCCGCGAUGGAGACACACAAUCUUGAUUGGGGGGCUACUGCUGGGUUUCGAGGGACAGAACAGACAGGGGUUGCCGUGGCACGUUCGGCGGAAGCUGGAAAGGGCGCUUGUCACGGCUUCACAGCUUGCGCUUGAGGAGCUGAAUCCCCGGAAUGAGGUUGACGGUCGUUGUGUCACCAUGGUCCUCAACUACACCUUUGAACUGCUAUCUGACUCUGAAAGGAGCAGGCUUGACUACGACGUCUUGCUACCCGUCAUGGUCAAUGCGACCUAUGCAUCGCAUGAAGGCCUGGAGGGAGGGUACUUCCUAGGUACCGUGGAUAAGGACAUAGUGGAAGCUCCUGGCAAGCAAUUCCAGUGGCUGGCGCAGUCUGACACGUUUGCUCGUGUGACGGCCAUUUCAUCUAGUCCUCUCGUAUCUGCUCUGGGACCGCUCUCCCGGCUCAUGGCGCAUGCAAUAGAGAAUGCCAAAGAUUCUGGACUGGUCGCGCAAACCUUGGAUCAUAUCACGGACUUUGUGCGUACACUCAUGGUGCAGUGGCGUCUGAACAAGUUGUCGGAGGUCGACAAGUCCGAGGAAGCGGAGUUCCUCGACGCUGAGUCCUUGAGGACCACCAUCCCGGGACUUUGGAGACUGCUCCGUAACUGCUUGUAUUCAAUUGUCAUUGUUCUCCGCGCUGUCUUGGGUAGAGUGAUCAAUGACCCUGUUCUGGCUGCCCACCGCAGUGCGCCGUUCAUAUCCAUGCAGGUGCUUCAUAUACUGCGGAAUCUCUACUUCAUAUCAUCCCGCAUGGGCCAGAACGCAUCUUCACAACACAUGUUUGUCACCUUGACAGCUGUGGAUAUUCUAUCACACUACCCCGAUCUGGCCGAGAACUUCCUGAGAAGCAUCAAACCCAGUGAGCUCGGCCAGAUCCCCGACCAUCCUAUUGAGCGGUGUCUGGACCUGUUCUUCCUCAACACGUCGGAGCUCUUCACUCCCUUACUAUCUCCUGCAUGCAGCGAAGAGCUUCUCGUUGCAGCAGCCGUUCCCUACCUCCCAGCCGGCGGAAAUAACCAUCUCCUGGAGAUUUUCGAAGCCGCCCACAGCACGGUCCUAGCCGUGUUCGCUAUCCCGAACAACGCCGCCGUAGCAGCCAAGCAUCUCCCAUUCUACAUCGACAACCUAUUUGCUGUAUUCCCCGAAAACCUCUCCGCGCGACAGUUCCGUUUAGCCUUCAAGACCGUCAUCCAGGUCACAGCACCGCCCUCCCCAAUCGCCAACACCCAACGUCUCCUCCCAUCAAUCCUCCUCGAGGUCCUCUACGACCGAGCACUCCACGCAUCCGACCAACUCCUCCCCCAACCAUCAUCAACUCAACUCGACGGCCCCGACCUCGGCAAAUCCCCGCCCGUGUCGGAACAAGCAGCGCUGACUCUCGCGCUCAUCGACAGUCUCUGUUUCCUCCGCGUUGAAGACCUCGAGGAGUGGCUUCCCCUCACAGCGCAGUUACUCAACAGCAUCAAGACACCAGACAUGCAUAAGCAAUGUGUGGAACGGUUCUGGGAGGCGCUGAGUAGCGGCGAGAUGGACGUCGAACGGGCGCAUUUCUGUGUCACAUGGUGGAGUACGCGUGGUGGCAGGGAGCUUGUUCUGUAUGGGGAUGAAUUCGGGGCCGAUGCGGAGCAUAGGCAGGAUGAGGCUGAGGGGCAAGGACAGGGACAGGGGGCGUAUAUGAGUGGUGCUCUUGGUGCGGUGGCGAGGGAGAGUAAGCUUUAG